CCCAAGCUCACUUCCCCACUCUUUCUAAUAACCCAUCCAUCCACAGGAAUCUCAAUCUUCCCCACCAAGGAAUUCCAAAUUCCCAUCUUGAUUCCCUGAGAUCACAGCGCCCGGCUUUGUUUCUUCAACUGUUUUCUGUUUCUAGAGAGAGGAUAGAUCGGAUGCUUAGUGAUGAUGGGCCGUCUGAGUUUGUAUCUCUGUUUCAUCAUUGUUUGCUUGGGUUUUGUUGAAUUUUGAGUUCCGUAAUUUUCUUUUCAUCCCUGUUUGGUUCGUGAGAAAAAAUGGGUGGAAAUGGGCCGACUCGUGGAAAUCAGAAUGCCAAUGUGAUGUUUUCCGCUUGAAUCUGAUCGUAGUUCAUUUGCCAAGUAGUUAUUCCUCUUCGGUCAUGAUGCUUUCGCAGUGGUUGUCAAACUAGAGUUCCGCAAUUUUCUUUUACCCCCAGUUUGGUUCCUGAGAAAAUGCGGGAAAAUGGGUCGAGAAAAUUAGCGAAUGUUUUCUGCUUGAUAUUCUAAUCAAGCUUGCAUUUGCUAAGCAAUUCGUUGUGUUUAAUUUAGCUGACAAACGAACGAAGAAUCUCUGUUCUAUAUUUACUGAAACUCAUCAAAGCUAACCCAAUUUGGGGGUUUUCUUUGUGCCCUUAGUGGGGGUUCGUGAAGCUCUCAAUUGAAGAAAAAGCAUAAUGCGAGUCAAGAGAGAAGGUCAAAUUUGUGGUUCUGAUUCAGGGGAUGGACCAAUUGAUGCCUUGCCCUGCUCGGUUUAUUUGGGUAGUCGAAGGAUCAGUAUUCCAAAGACACCUUCUGUUAACAGGACAACUGGUCCUACUAGGCAUUCAAGGAAAAGCGGCUGGACCAAGCAUGAGGAUCAUCUUCUGACAAAAACUGUCCAAAAGUUUCAAGGGAGGAGAUGGAGGCUCAUAGCUGAGUGUCUUCCAGGGAGGUCAAUUUCUCAGUGCUUUUACAGAUGGCACCGGGUUCUCAAUCCAUCAAUUUUCAAAGGAACCUGGACAAAGGAGGAAGAUGAUUGCAUAAGAGAGUUGGUCAGAAUUCAUGGUCUGAGUAAAUGGUCCGUCAUUGCAAGGUUUUUGCCAGGUCGCCUAGGCAAGCAAUGCAGGGAGAGAUGGCAUAACCAUUUGGAUCCAAGGAUUAAGGCAGCUUCCUGGACCGAAGAUGAGGAAAGGACUCUUGCAUUUUACCAUGAGAUUUAUGGCAACAAGUGGGCAUCUUUAGCUCGAUAUCUGCCUGGAAGGAGUUGCAAUGCGAUAAAGAACCACUGGAACUGCUUAUUGAGGAACAAUUUAGCUGUGAAUCAACCGACCAAGUGCAGUUGUGCAGCAGAGAGCCCGUGUUUGGACAUUGCAAAGUCCCCUUUACAGAAGAAACUUGCUUCCAUAGCUAAGACUAAGAAGCGAAUAGCUUUCAGUUCUGCUGUAGUUGCAAUGGAGGAGAACGAUUCAAGAGAAUUCUCAAACCUUCAGAGUUCCCCGUCAGAGUAUGUCCUUCCUUCAACUGAAUCUCUACCAAGAUACUGCAGGCAAAGCAAUGUGCUGAGUGUUCUAGAUAUGAACACAACAGAAGAAAAGUCACCACCUCUGCUUGCGUUAACCAAUGAAUUCAGUAAGCAGAAUGGAGACGAGGGUAAUCAGGUAAAGGAACAAGUUCCAGGUGUGCCAACCCCAAGAAGCCAUACACAAGGAAGCUCAGUGGUUCUGAACCCGGAAACCAUUUUGAGGAAUUCAGCAAAGACAUUCAGAAACAUGCCUUCCAUCAUAAGGAAGAGAAGCUCCAUGACCAGGAAUGAGACUUAUGCUACAAUGGCCACAAGCAGUGGUUCAGGAGUUACCAGGUGCAGCAGCAGCUUGCUGUCAGGGCAGCAAGGGUUCCUUUCCUUGUUUCACAAGUCAUAUCCUGCAUUCGCCGUUCAAUCCCUGAGAAGGAACCUGGACAGUGCAUUUGAUCCAUAAUAAUGUCCGAUUCUUUGUUUCGUUAUUUUCUCUUUUUCCUUUAAGUUCUAGGGCUGUCAGAUUUUGUCAUCAGAAAAAAAAAUUGAGCUUUUUGUCUGUGGUGGGAGGGAUGUAUAUACGGAAACGUGAAGGGAGUACUAAUGCUUUGUCUGGUGGGAAUUUCUAAGGUUCACAUCUCGAUUUCCGGAUUAAGGAUAAUGGGAAGAUUAUCGAUAACAAUUGCACGGAAUUGAUGGUGUCAUUUUCAGCGGAAGUAAGAGCGCCAUAAAGGAAAUAAGAUGUUUGAACUGUUAUGGAUUUGGACAUGAGCCGG